AUGGACCGAGGCGGCUGUCAGAUGAAUGGCGGGGGAGGUGGCGGCCCGGUCGACGGCGGCGGUGGCGGAGGCAUGAUCACCCUGGAGGACUUGGAGUCUUUCUCCGAGGACCAGAUGUCCGACUCCGGCAACGGGAGCUUGGAAGACGACGAGGAGGACCCCGAUCGCUUGCUGCACUACUGGCAGGACGUAGCCAGGGGACACCAAGUGGAAGUCGCUAAUGAAAUGGCCGAACCCAUUCAACAGUUAUCCACCAACAACAACGGACGCAGUAACAGAGAACACGUCCCUUUCAACCUCCUGUCACGGAAAGAAAAGUGCGGGGAGCUACUUUAUGAGAAGCGCCACUACGAAAUGGGUCACUGGGCUUGUAUAACAAUGCGCGAGGAGACGUACGAACAGAGCAUCUGCUACGGCUUCAUGAGGAUAAUGAGAUACAUCUGCCAGCAGAACUCUUUAGGCAGCUACCUGGGCAUGUCGCUGCCCAUCGUGACGGUGGUGCGUACAGACGAGAACCAUUCAACCAUUGCCCAGGAAGUGACGGUGGCGUACUACCUACCCGCCGAGCACCAGGCCCAGCCCCCACAGCCUCACGACAGCAACAUCAUCAUCGAAAUCUGGCCUGCAGCCGUUGUGUACGCAAGGCCGUUCUCCGGCCCAACCAACGAGUUGACCAUCGUGGAUCAGAUCACCACAAUGGCCGAGCUGCUCGAGUCCCCCGGCCUGUGCGUCAACGAUUCAUUCAUCGUGGCCGGCUACACCAACCCGGCGCACAGCCAGCGGCAAAACGAAAUCUGGUUCCUUGAGCGCCGUUGA